GAGACUUGGAACCAAGCCUGAUGAGACCGUCAUUAUUUUAAGUCAAAAGUCUUCACAAAUAUAAAAUAUGGUCGCCUUCAUCCAAUUAUUAAAAGAGAAAUUGGGGGAAAAAAAAAAGAAACGGUAUGAGAGCUUAUAUGAAAUCUCUGAUAAUCGGGUGUGAAGCUGCAAGUAUAAAAAUGGAGUUUCAACCCAUGAUUUUGCAUAUUACAUUACCAAAAAUGGGGACACAGUCUCACUCAUCUUUGGAGAAGUCACUCUGCCUCCUCGUCCUCAUAGUUUUGCUGGAUAGCACAGUCAAUGUUGUUUCUGACUCUGUUGAUGAAGCCAAUGCUCUUCUCAAAUGGAAAGUCAGCCUUCCAAGCCAAACCCAGUCGAAGCUAGCUUCAUGGUCUCUCCUUCCUAACAAUGCCACCGUCUCCCAACCAUGCACUUGGCUUGGAAUUUCUUGUGCGAAUGGAAGUGUCAAUAUGGUCAAUCUUUCAAUUUCAGGUAUUGAAGGCACACUAGAUCAAUUUUCAUUCACAUCAUUCCCUAAUCUUGUAUACGUUGAUCUAAGCAUCAAUGGCCUCAAUGGUUCCAUUCCACCCCAAAUCAGUCAGCUUACAAAGCUCAUAUAUCUUGACUUGUCGAUUAAUCAAUUUUCUGGGAAUAUCCCACCUCAGAUAGGCUUGUUAACUCAUCUUGAGGUCCUGCAUCUAGUUGAAACUCAGUUGAAUGGUUCCAUUCCUGAAGAGAUAGGCAAUUUAAAGUCCCUUAAUGAGCUUGCUCUGUAUAGUAACCAGCUAGAUGGACCAAUUCCAAUUUCUUUGGGAAAUUUAAGCAAUCUAGUUAACUUGUAUCUCUUUAACAACUCAUUGUCCGGUUAUAUUCCUCCACAAAUAGGGAACCUCUCCAAUUUGGUUUUGCUCUACAUGGAUACCAAUCUCCUAACAGGUCCUAUCCCUUCCACUUUGGGAAACUUGAAGAACCUAACUGUGUUGUUUGUGUUUCACAACCAACUUUCUGGAUCCAUUCCCCCAGAGAUUGGAAAUUUGAUCUCCCUUCAAGAGCUAAGUUUCCAUUCAAACAAUCUUUCUGGUCUAAUUCCAACUUCUCUAGGUGGUCUCACAAAUCUCACACUUCUUCACCUUUAUGUUAAUAACCUAUCCGGGCCUAUUCCUGAGGAGAUAGGAAAUCUAAAAUCACUUUAUGAUCUAGAGAUUAGCCAAAAUCAACUCAAUGGUUCUGUUCCAGCUUCCCUUGGCAGUUUGAACAACUUGGAAUUUCUUUUUCUCCGUGACAACAAACUUUCUGGAUCCAUUCCUCAAGAAAUAUCAAAUCUCACAAAGCUGACUGUGUUGCAACUAGAUACUAACCAGUUCACUGGUUACUUGCCUGUAAAGAUUUGCCAGAGUGGAGUACUUAAAAAUUUCACUGCAAAUAACAACAAUUUCACAGGUCCUAUUCCCAAAAGCUUGAGAAACUGCACAAGUUUGGUCCGACUACGCUUGGAAGUAAAUCGACUAGUUGGAAAUGUAUCAGAGGACUUUGGAGUCUACCCAAAUCUAGAUUACAUUGAUCUAAGUGACAAUAAGUUCCAUGGCGAGAUUUCAUCCAAUUGGGGAAGAUGUCCACAAUUACAAAGCCUAAGAAUAUCUGGCAACAAUAUUACUGGGAGAAUACCAUCUGAUAUUGGAAACUCUAGUCAGCUACAUGAACUUGACUUCUCUUCCAAUGGUAUAGUUGGUGAGAUUCCAAAGGAAAUAGGAAGGUUGACUUCUUUGCUGAAAGUGAAUUUGAAUGGAAAUCUACUCUCGGGUGGCAUACCUCAAGAAUUUGGAUCCUUGACUAACCUCGAGUAUCUGGACCUAUCAGCAAAUAUAUUGAGCAGUUCAAUCCCAAACAAUUUCCAAGAGUUUGUGGAGCUCAACUACUUAAACUUGAGCAAUAAUCAAUUUGGCGGGGAAAUUCCAGUGCAGUUACUGAAGUUAGUUCACCUUUCCCAACUAGACCUGAGUAAUAACUUGCUUGUUGGUCAUAUACCGUCAGGCAUAGACUCUUUGGAAAGCUUGGAGCAGCUGAAUCUCUCCCACAACAAUCUCUCAGGCAGUAUUCCAGACAGCUUCACAAAUAUGCUUGGCUUGUUGCAUAUUGACAUAUCGUACAAUGAGUUAGAAGGUCCUAUACCGGAUAGCAGAGCAUUUCGAGAUGCUAGCUUUGAAGCAUUGCAAGGGAACAAAGGUUUGUGUGGUAAUGUCCAAGGAAUGCAACCAUGCAAAACUUCGAUGCAGAAAAAAGACAAAAAGAAGAGCCACAAAGUCCUGUUUUUAACCAUUUUCCUCCCUCUUUCAGGAGUAUUUUUACUUAUAUUUGCUCUCUGCGGAAUUUUCUUCAUGAAAAGAGAAGGAAAGGAAGAUCCCCAAGCUAAAGAAGUCAGCCUGCCUUAUAAAAGUUUCUUUUCCUCAUCAACUUAUGAUGGAAAGAUAAUGUAUGAAGAAAUCAUCACAGCAACCAAGGAUUUUGAUGCCUCGUAUUGCAUUGGAAAAGGUGGAUUUGGAAGUGUCUACAAAGCCAAGUUGCCAUCAACUGGCAUUGUAGCCGUGAAGAAACUCCAUUCUUUGUCUGAUAACCAGUAUAUAUCCCAAAAAGAGUUCUUGAACGAGAUAAAAGUGUUACUGGAGAUAAGACAUCGAAAUAUUGUGAAGCUUCAUGGGUUCUGCUCGAGUGCUCGAUACUCAUUUCUUGUGUAUGAGUACCUUGAAAGGGGCAGCUUGUCCUCAAUCCUGAGCAAAGAAGCAGCAGCUAAAGAAUUAGAUUGGAAUAAGAGAGUGGACAUUGUUAAAUGUGUUGCCCACGCCCUCUCUUACAUGCACCACGAUUGCUUUCCUCCAAUUGUCCAUCGAGACAUUUCAAGCGGCAAUAUUUUGCUGGAUUCGAACUAUGUGGCUCAUAUAUCAGACUUUGGCACCGCAAAGCUUCUUAAACCUGACUCAUCCAAUUGGACCGCAUUUGCUGGCACAUAUGGAUAUGUGGCUCCAGAGCUUGCUUACACGAUGAAGGUAACCGAGAAAUGUGAUGUGUAUAGCUUUGGCGUAAUAGCACUGGAAGUGAUCAAAGGAGAGCAUCCUGGAGACAUCAUCCCCUCUCUACCAUCUCCCUGGGCAACGGAUAACACAUUAUCAGAAGAAGUUCUUGACCAACGCCUUGCACCUCCUUCACUUGAUGUCGUGGAUGAAGUUAUCAUGGUCGUGAAAAUAGCAACUCAAUGCUUGAAUGCUAAUGCACAAUCUAGGCCGACAAUGCAUAUGAUUUCCCAGCUAUUUUCAUCCCAAUCACCAUUUUAGAUUCACCUCGCUCUCCAACGCUCGUAUAACCAGGUAAAAACAAGUGAUUAUUCAGGACAUCACAAUAUAUCAAGUACGAAUAUUUCUAUGUUAUUAAAAUAUAGUUUUUCAUAAGUAGCCAUAGCCUAAUUCACAUAUUUUACCUUAAUUCUUCUUAUUUGCUUAACUGCACAUUAUUUCUCUUCCUUUUUUUCAAUGUCAAGAAAAAUACUACAGUAUGAACUAUGAAGCUACUCAGAUAACUAAUUCAGGCUGUAUCUAUGCAAGAUAAGACAGUACCCAACGCAAACAACGUGAAGACAGCAAAUUGAGCCAAUAUUCAGCACUUAAUUUGAAUGUGAUCUCAUUUAUCUCUGUUUGGCAACCAUCACAGAAAUAUCUUAUAAACAAGUAACGGAUUAAUUUGCAACAGUUAGGGCAUAGUUUCCAGGAAAAGAAAAGAAAAUUAUGACUCAACAUUUUGUUUGAUUUACAUUUUCACAUCUACCAAAAUCCAAAGAUAAGCUCUUUAGUUUUAAUUUGUAAGAUGAUAUUAGGGCUUGAUUGAUUUCUAAUAGCAGAGGCCGCUCUAACUUGAAAUCUGAAAGGAAAGGCACCUGAUAAUCUGAUGACGUAACCGAAUAAGGGCCUACAUGCGGCAGAGACGAUGCAGUUCAUCGCCAUGGAACCGGUAGUCCGCCGUUGUAGUUUUCGACAGGUCCAUCGACGGCGAAACGUCUCAAAGUCAAAGCUAUUUCUCUUAUUGGGUCUCGAGUCUCGACCAUCUGUUUGUCAGUCAGUCUCUGCCUCAGGUCCUACAAGGCCGACAACUGCUAACGAAGCGUAAUUUCGGCCUUUCAGAAAGAGCCCAAUAUGUUGUUUGUGGGCCGCACAGGCGCCUACCAGUUAAAUUCUUGAACCGUGAACGGGAAUGGCGAAGGGGAAGACGCCAAAACUUGCUGAGAUGCUGAGUUUCCCACGUACAUGGUUCGGCGAGUUUAAGCAUCCAUGGAAGAUUUCAUUUUCUUUCAUUCGGUGUAAGCUAGGUUUUUUCUUUGGAUUUAAGCGAGGAUUCCUUUCAUAUGUGAUAUUCUCGAAUUGCUAUUUUGCUGUGAGUGCUCUCACUGCUCUUGGAGUCUGGAGUCGAUGCUUAUGGCCCCAGUUCCUUUUACUGUCCUGAAUUUCACUCAUGCUGUUAUUAUGAAGUCGAAUCAGUAUUCUGAUUCUUCGGCAUUGUUUUGUUCUUCAAUUUAAAACCGCUUGCUUGUGAACUCUCAACCCUGG